GAGGGUUACAGCAGUCAGAAAUUAGUAAGAAGGGUAGAGGCCUUUGCUUGUAUGACUUCAGCACAUCUGUGGCCGCAGGACACCACUAAUUUAUUACACUGCACAGUUUUCUUGGCCCUAACUUUAUUGCCAAGGAUCUUCCAGAGAUUUUUUAGUCUGGUUUAGUUCAGGACUUUGGGCUGGCCAUUUCAUUAUUUCAAUAUUCUUAGCUUUAAGGAACUGCUUUACCUGUUUUGCAGUGUGACAGGGGCAUUGUCCCGCAUGGAAAUUGCAGGCUGAUUGGGAGAUGAAUGAAGAGAAGGAAUUGCAUGUUGUUAAAGAAGGUUCUGAUAAACAUUUGCAUUCACUCUGCCAUGUAUCUAUAUAAGAGGCCCAACUCCUGCUGCAGAAAACAUCCCCCAAACCAUGACACUUCUUCCUCCACCUUUCACUGGUUCUUAUGCACUUGUGCUUCAGACUUUCCUCAGUUUGAUGCCAAACAAAAUGUUUACCAUCAAUAAUAAUAAAUUAAACUUGCUCUCAUCACUAAAGUGAACUUUGGACCAGUUCUCCUCUCUCCACAUAACUUGCUUCUCAGCAAAGUUGAGCUUAGCCUUUUGUUUCUUUCUGCUGAUGAGAGAUUUGGUCACUACAGAGUGCACUUUUAGCCCAAAUUCUCUUAAACAUGCUGAGGCAGAUCCUUACGCUGUUCAGCACUUAACUGGCAAGCAAUUCCAGCUGCAGUGUUGAACCGAUUCCCUAUUGAGAGUCUCUGGAUUAUCCUGUCUUCUGGUGCAUUUGUCGUGGACGAUGAGCCUUUUUGAGGGACUUGAAUGAAUUAGUGUCACUGUAAAUCUGCAAUAUUUGAGAAAUCACAGAUUUGGAAUAACCAACUUCUCUUGGAAUGGCUGAAAGUGUCAUCCCUUUGGCAUUCAUCUGGACAACCUCCUGUCACUGGGUUUCAGUUGCACUGACCCACAUCAGUCUCAGUGAAAAUUGGUGGAAUGCUGCCAGUUAAUUAGAGUUUGUCAUAUUAAAAGAAAAAUUGACAGAAGAUGCCAGAUUACGUAUAGUAUCUGUGAGUUUUCUCUAAUUUUGAUCAGUUCUUUUUCAAAUAUCUAAUUAAAUUGUUUUAACCGCGCUUCAGAAUACAAUUAAUUUAUGAAAUAUGCUUAAAAAACUGCCCUUAUACUCUUAUACUGUUAGGAUAGCUUCAAAUAGGACUAAGAAAUUAUAGGUUGCUCUCUAAUUUUGAUCUCCACUGUAUGUACUCUGUUUUUUAUAUAAAAGAUAUGGAAAUGGCAAUGCAUUUAUCAACAUAACAAUAUAAUGAGAUGUAUGUGCAAUGUUCUCAGUACUUGUAGUGCAAGUUGUAUAACGUAUGAUUAAGGUCUAAGUUGUGCAAUAGGAAGAUGGCCUUUGGAUGGAAAGCUAUCAUAGUGUUUAGUGGGUGGGAUUAGAGGGGGAGAGGUGAUGGGUGAGAAUCAUUUAUAAGGCUUGGUGGCUUGUGGGAAAUUCUCAUGUUAGUAAUUGCAGUCACACAUGAUAAUAAAUAAGUAAUACCACUGUCCAAAACACAUGAUGAUGCAUUAAAUUGAUUAAAAGUAAAGAUUAAAAGUUAUAAUGUAACAAAAGUUUUCUAUUUUAAAUCUCCUAAUUUUAGAUCCUGAAUAAAAAUAUUAAUUAGAACAACUGAUUUCAAUAUUGAUAAUCAUAAGAAAUGUUUCUUGACGAUUUCUUCGAUCAUGUGACAAUGAAGACUAGAGAAAACAGACUAAUGAAAAACAACAAAUUAUACAAAGUACCUUACACACUGACUACCUUGCUUAAAUAAAAGACUGGUUUCCCACUCUCAUCAGUUGAUGGUUAAAUAGGUUUUGGGGUCUGGUGAGCUGGUGAGGCUGAGAAAUCAGCAAGGCCAGCUAAAACCAGCUCAAAAUGAAUAAACCAUUUUAGGCUGGUUUAAGAUGUUCUUCAGCAUGUCAAAGGACGCCACCCUGCGGACCACAUAUGCAUUACACUAGUCUGAUAAAAACAGCAGUAGCCUAUAACCUGCAUAAUAACGGGAGGGUUGAAGACUGCAUAUUUAAAACCCCCUAUAUAUAUCCAUGUUUUCACACUCUCACAAUGUAUAGAACUACUUCACAAUGUCUGUUUAUUAAGGGCGUUAACCAAAAGCUCCUUCUCUCUAAUCUCUAAUAACAAAUGAACACUGGAUGUUUCUGUUACGACAUAUUAGUCAUGCAAAGAGCAGGUGGAUCUAUGCAGUCCACAUGCAAAGCAGGAUGCGAAGCCGACUGGUCACAUAUGCUGUGUCUAUGCUGUGAUGUCAUCUGCCGGAAGAUGCAGGUUUAGUGCGCUGACUGUAUUCCAGUGAAAGGCGUUUGACAGCUUGUCGUAAUAAAGGAAAUGGGAGCGAAGCGAUAGCCUUACUCAUCUCCAUGGAGCGCCAUAUAAUGCGCCAUCCCUCAAACAACACGUUUUAGAGAGAAAAUGGUGCCCAGUUCAACGACUGGUUAAUAACAGACAGCCUAAUUUUCCCCCCAUCACAAUCGCAAUACUGAGAGCGUCGACCUUGCUGGUGUGGCCAUGAAUCCGGCGGAGCAAACGGUUACUUGGCUCAUUACUCUCGGGGUUUUGGAAUCACCAAAAAAGACCAUUUCGGACCCCGAUGGAUUUCUGCAGUCUUCGCUAAAGGAUGGGGUCGUCCUGUGCAGGUUGCUGGAGCGGCUGCGUCCAGGCACCACUGAUAAAAUCUAUCAAGAUCCCAAGAACGACAGCGAGUGCUUGAGCAACAUCACGGAGUUUCUCAAAGGCUGCGCGGUGUUUCGCGUCGAGCCUUUUGAGGCUGGUGACCUGUUUCAGGGCCACAACUUCAGCAGAGUCCUCACUACACUGGUUGCCCUUAAUAAAGUGACUGCAGAUAUUGGCAUAGGAAGUGACUCUGUAUGUACCCGUCACUCUUCUGCCCACCGGAUCAAGUCCUUCGAAUCACUGGCCUCCCAGUCUUCACUGGGCCGAUCUUCUAAAUUGCUCCAUAACCAGUUCCGCAGCCUUGUGAGUAACACUGGGGACAUGACGGAGAACAGUAACGCUCAGUUAGUGGUUAAAGCUCGCUUCAACUUCCAGCAGACCAAUGAGGACGAGCUCUCUUUCAGCAAGGGUGACAUCAUCAGUGUUACUCGCACAGAAGAAGGGGGUUGGUGGGAAGGAUCCCUCAACGGCAAGACAGGCUGGUUUCCAAGCAAUUAUGUCAGAGAGGUUAAAGGUUCUGACAAACAAGUGUCCCCUAAAUCUGGAACUCUUAAAAGCCCUCCCAAAGGUUUUGAUACCACAGCCAUCAGUAAAACCUACUACAACCUGGUGCUACAGAACAUUUUAGAAACUGAAACAGAGUAUUCAAAAGAGCUCCAGAUUCUUUUGACCAACUACCUGAGACCUCUACAGAUGACAGAAAAACUGAGCACAUCAGAUGUAAGUGUCAUUCUCGGGAACUUGGAGGAAAUCAGCACUUUCCAGCAGACUCUGGUCCAGUCACUGGAGGACUGUACCAAGCUUCCAGAGCUGCAGCAGAAAGUGGGAGGGUUCUUUCUGAAUCUCAUGCCCCAGAUGAGGUCUCUGUACGUGUCUUACUGCUCCAACCACCCAUCAGCAGUCAGUAUUCUCACCGAUCACAGUGAGGAGCUUGGGGAGUUCAUGGAGGGGAGGGGUGCAUCGACACCAGGCAUUCUCACUCUGACCUCUGGCCUCAGCAAACCCUUCAUGAGACUGGACAAAUAUCCCACAUUACUGAAAGAACUAGAGAGACACAUGGAGGAGGGUCACCCGGACAGGACUGAAAUUCAGAAAUGUAUGACGGCUUUCAAGAAUCUAUCUGCACAAUGUCAGGAGGUGCGGAAGCGCAAGGAGCUCGAGCUUCAGAUCCUGACUGAGACGAUUCGCCUGUGGGAGGGGGAAGACAUUAAGACCCUGGGUUCAGUGCUGUAUAUGAGUCAGGCCUUGGUCCAGAACCACGGCUGUGAGGAUAAGCAUGAACGCUACCUUCUGCUGUUUCCUCAUGUUUUGCUCAUCCUGUCUGCCAGUCCAAGGAUGAGUGGCUUCAUCUACCAGGGCAAGCUACCUUUAAGUGGUAUGACGGUGACCCCAUUAGAAGACUGUGAAAGUCAUAAAAAUGCUUUUGAACUCUCAGGAAGCAUGUUUGAGAGACUUCAGGUGGUCUGCUGUAACAAACAAGAUCUGCAGGACUGGCUUGAGCAUCUGAACCGACAGACCAAGCACACCACCAUGGCGGCUCCAAGCAUGAAACCCCUCACUGUUCCCUGCCACACGCUCCCGUCUCACCCGCUGACGCCGUCCAGACAUGCAGAAAGCCGAGGACUAACAGUUGCUCCUGCCUACCACACCUUACCACAUCCCUCUUCUCAUGGGGCCCCUCACAGCACCAUGAUGUGGGGCCCCCUGGAGCCCCCCAAAACCCAGAAGCCCUGGAGCCUGAGCUGCUUGCGUCCAGCACCCCCACUCAGACCCUCAGCUGCUCUCUGCUAUAAAGAGGACCUCAGUAAAAGCCCCAAGACUAUGAAAAAGCUGCUGCCCAAGAGGAAGCCGGAGAGGAAGCCGUCCGAUGAGGAGUUUGCACUGAGGAAGAGUACUGUAGCUUUGGAGGAAGAUGCUCAGAUCCUGAAAGUGAUCGAGGCCUACUGCACGAGUGCCAAAACCAGACAGACUCUGAACUCAACAUGGCAAGGCACUGAUCUCAUGCAUAACCACGUUUUGGAUCAAUCCAGUGUGGACUCUCUGGGCCGCCGUAGCAGUAUCUCAAGGCCCGAGGCCACCUCGGACCUCUCAGAGGACUCUGACUAUGACAGUAUAUGGACGGCCCACAGUUACAGGAUGGGCUCUGUUUCCCGACAGUGGAAAGAUGCCAGUCCAGCACUGAUAGUUCCUGGGGAGGAGAAGUUCAAUGUAGAAGAGUUGAAGAGUAACGGUCAGACUCUUCUGGAGGAGAAGAGCCUUGUGGAUGUUGUUUAUGCUUUGAGAGAUGAGGUACAAGAACUUAAACAGGACUAUAAAAAAAUGAAGAAAUCCCUGGAGGAAGAACAGAGAGCACGGAAAGAUCUGGAGAGGGUAGUUAGAAAAAUGUUGAAGAAUAUAAACGAUCCUUCUUGGGAUGAGACCAAUUUAUGAUAUCAGUGUUGCUCCCUUAGAUUUUGUUCUUUUACAUUAGUGGUUAAAAUGACUGGGAACCACAAUGUUCAGAUUAUAAUGUAAACCAUCUUUGAUGUUCGUGGGUACGAGUCUGUAUUAACAAUGUUACAUACACUACCAAUCAAAAGUUUUUGAACGGUAACAUUUUUAAUGUUUUUUUAAAGAAGUCUCUUCUGAUCACCAAGCCUGCAUUUAUGUGAUCCAAAGUACAGCAAAACAGUACAAUUUGAAAUAUUUAAAAUAUGUUUUCUGUUUGACUACAUUUAAAAUGGAAAUUAUUCCUGUGAUUUCAAAGCUGAAUUUUCACCAUCAUUACUCCAGCCACAUGAUCCUUUAGAAAUCAUUGUAAUAUUCUGAUUUGCUGCUCAAAAAGCGUUUUUAUUAAUAUUAUUAUGUUAAAAGCCGUUCAAAAGAACAGCAUUUAUCCAAAGUCAAAAUCUGUUGUGACAUUAUAAAUGUCUUUAUCAUCACUGUUGAUCAAUUUAAAUCAUCCUUGCUAAAUAAAAGUAUUAAUUUCUAUAAAAAAAAAAAAAAUAAAUACUGACUCCAAGCUUUGGAAUAGUAUAGUGUAUAAUGUUACAAAAGCAUUAUAUUUUAAAUAAUCAAAGAAUCCAGAAACAAUUUACUUAACUCUUUUAAAUAUUGAUAAUGAUAAUAAAAACAUGUUCCUUGAACAGCAAAUCAGAAUAUUAGAAUGAUUUCUGAAGGAUCAUGUGACACUGAAGACUGGAGUAAUGAUGCUGAAAAUGUAGCUUUUAUUACAAAAUAAAUUACACUUUAAAAUCUAUUCAAAUAGAAAGCAGUUAUUUUAAAUAGUAAAAAUCUUUCACAAUAUUACUGCUUUUGCUGUAUUUUGGAUCAAAUAAAUGCAGGCUUGGUGAGCAGAAGAGACUUCUUUUAAAAAACAUUAAAUAUCUUACCAUUCAAAAACUUUUGACUGGUAGUGUAUUUGACCUUAUAUGGCUCAUUCUGAUGUUCAAACUCUAAAAGAUGAUCUGUUAGUGCAUCUACACCAAUCAGAUUUUUAAAUCAAUCAGAUUUAAAACCACUAAUUUAUAUCUAAACAAUCCUUACGUGACUUGCUUGCUUGAAGUCGUAGUUAGAUCUCAUCGGGUGGCAUUAGUGUAACCUGUGAAUGUCCCUGACGACUUUGUCUUUCACCUGAUGUUAAGGUGUUGAGAUAGACAGUACCUCAGCCUUCGCAUCCCACAGAUAGUUGGGAUUUUUCUAAAUUGCCUUUGUCAUUACAAAGGUUUAAGAGAUCUUAAUAUUUUACUGUUAAGUUUCAUUUUUAAAUAACUUUUAUUCAGAUGCUCUCUGAUGUUGAAUCUGUGAAUAUUUCCAUGAUGUGGUACCGGGAACUAUUUCAUUCCACUUAAUUGUUUACAAAUGAAUCAUUAAUUUAACACAGAAAGUGCAUACAUUGCAAAUGUCACGCUGUAUGUUGAAUGCGAGACAUGAUGCUUAAAUGUCAGUAUAUUUAGUACAUUUUAGGUGCCAUUGUAAUUCAAGCUGUGACAGGAGUUUAAUAUUAUGAUAUUCAUUAUAUCUGGAUUAUUUUUUUUAAUCAUCCGAAUUAUGUCUGUAUACAUUUUAGUGUGACCAAAAUACAAGCCAAACUCUUAUUUAUGGACUUUACUGUCUGUGACGUAUUACUGUACUUGAAAUUUAUUCCUACAGCUCUUACACAACACUAAUAGAAUAGCCUCUGAAUUCAUGUUGGAUAUUUAUUUAGUGUACUUUACCUCAGCCUCAUGUUAAUGUAAAUUAAUUCUGUAAAUAAAGACAGUUGUUUAUUUGCUUC